UUUUUUUAAGAAAGCGCAUCUAAUCUGGAUGAGGCUCUGAGAGCCUCAAAAAACCCCUGACGAUAGCAGAUUAUAGAAAUGCUAGACGCUAGGUCCCUGGUCCUUGUAACGGAAAAUCCGGGGACCUUGCACGACAUGGCUGCGGUCGAGGCGGGUGUGGCGUUUUUCGGGCUGUGGGGUGGCGGCUGCGGCGUUUACCUUCUUGCUGGGCCUGCGGAGAGAAGGGAAGCUAGCUGCGGCGCUGCGGCGCAUUUGAGGCUCUGCGCAGUCGGAGUAUUCGAUGUGGUGAGUCAUGGGCUGUGCAGAGACCAGGUGGAAGCUGUGCCUCUCUUUGCGGCGAAGGUGGCGGAAAAAGAGGAUGAUGAUGAUGGCCAAGAAAUGAUCCUGAGAAGACGUGUAUUACAAAACAUAUGACCAGCAAGGGUAUGACAUUCUCGUCCGAGAGCAGUGUCAAUCCGGGUUUUGACGAUGGGAUUGCACAAAUAGUAAACAGUAAACCGAAUUAUUAUGACGCAGUCCGCAUGGGGUCAUAAGUGACUCAUAUGAAUGUGGGACGGUGACUAGCAAUAAUGAUUUUGAAGAAUUUCAAGGAAUUCCAUGGAAGAAGUCGAUAUUCUGCUAACAAGAUGCUUUGAAAUGGGUGAAAAGAAAGAGAGUGUAGUCUAUGAGAGAUGCAAAUGACAGAAAUUGAGGUUGGAAAAAAAUUGAAACGAAGAUGAAGUGGGAGAAAAUGAAAAGCACAGACAAA